AUGAAGCCUGUUCUUAGUUUCGUUUUACCUUUCCUUCCAGGGCUACUUGCCCAAGAUCCUGGGUUGCCAGUCUCUAACCCCAGCAUAUCGUACUGGCAACUUCCUCCUCUUGACGGUAUUGCCGAUCAUCAGUCCCAGCAACUUCCUGCCGAAGCUGAUGUCGUUAUCAUCGGAUCCGGAAUGUCGGGCACCAGCAUCGCGUGGCACCUCCUCAAGGACAACACCACGAGCCCUCUCAGGAUCGCAAUGAUAGAGGCUCGACAGGCUUGUUCGGGUGCUACUGGGAGAAACGGCGGUCAUAUCAGGCCUUCGUCUUACUCCGAGUACGCUGGUGCUAAGGAGUCAGUAUCGCAGACCGAAGCCGCCAAGAUUACGAGACUCCGAUCCGCUCAUGUCGACGCCCUGAUAUCAGCGGCCAACUCCCUGCCUGAAGAGGGACGUCAGGCGGCCGAAGCUCGUGCUGUGGAUAGCAUUGAUGCAUUCUUUGACGAGAACGAAUGGAAAAAUGUUAUGCAGCAGUUGGAGGUGUUGAAGAGAGAGGUUCCUGAUGUUGGCAAAGAAUGGACUAUGUUUGGCAAAGAGGAGGCUCGUAACAUCUCUCUGCUUACAGAGACGGUGGGAAUCUUGACCGGAACGCCAAAGGUUGCGGGUGCCAUUUGGCCGUAUCGUUUCAUCACACAUGCCCUGAAGGCUCUCCUGGACGACUAUCCCAGCUUUUCUCUUGACACCAGCACGGCCGCCUUGAAUGUUUCCUCCAUUGUUGAUACUUCUUCAAAGUUCAACUUUGAGGUCACCACUAGUCGAGGCAAGAUCCUGGCCAAGAAUGUCGUCUAUGCGACGAACGCCUGGACACCCCAUUUUGUCCCUGGUUUGCGGGGAGUUAUUCAAGGAGGCCGGUUGCACAUGAGCGCUCAACUUGGCGGAAGCGGCCUUCCGAAAGCUGGAAGUUGGCCAUCUUACACUGGAAACGGCAGUCUUUCCGGAGGCCGCGCAUGGUCGCUGUUCCGUAACGGCCUGGACUACAUCGUCCAGAUGCCCCGUAACGGAGAAUACAUGUUCGGAGGCGGCAUCGAGGGUGACGAGCCUGGCACGGCUUUCCCUAGCGACAGCGGCCCUCCUAACCACGCUGCUGUUUCCUACCUCAACGGUGCUUUGCCGAACUACUUCGGAUAUGACACCUACGGAGCUGAGAGAACGGACUUUCCAGAAACCUCUGAUGCCAACGUAUGGCCUGGUCGAACCAAACGCGUCUGGGUGGGUAUUGAAGGAAGCUCGUCUGAUUCCCGGCCAUACGUGGGACGCCUGCCAGAGACUGCCACAAACAGGGCCAUCAGAAAUACGACAUCGGGAGGAGAAUGGGUGUCGGCUGCUUUUGAUGUCGAGGGGAUGUGCUUCGCAUGGCUAUGUGGACGUGCCCUCAGUCAGAUGAUCAAGACCGGUAGCUCGGGCACGAACUCAACUGCUGGUCUCCCUGACUGGUUUCCCCAGUCAUUCCUUGUUACGGAGGAACGUCUGUCCAAGGGGAAUAUCACCCGGCGUGGCAAGAACAACUGGAUGUAUCCUCGCAUGGCAAAUGCUCUUCGAUGGUACUGA